UUUUAGGCUUUGGAUUUUUAUUUUAGGAGCUUCCGUUUAGGAAAAUGUCCUCAAAAUGUCCGUCGGGGAUGUAUUCUCAGGAGGAAAUGACACGACUUCUACUGAACGAGCAAAAUCAAAAGGUAAUGAAAUUCCACUGCAGUGAGGAGCCCUCAAGUGCCACGCCUACGGGCUGUCCUCCAAACUGCAGCCUGGAGCCACGACUGCAAUCCGCAACCCAUUUGUUUCUCCUGAGUCAGCGGACACCAUGUCUGGGAGGACCGGAAAAGGGCGCUCUGGCCGGACCAGACGCGGCCGGCGACUGUAGUACAGAGACGCUCUAUCCACCGCCAGAAACUGGCGCCAGACUCUCUGGUCGCGGUUUGGAAGUCUGCGCGGGAAGUGGGCGGUGGGCCGUGAAACGGCAGUGGGCGGUCCCUUGGAGCUGGCCAAUCAGAAUGCGCUAUUUCGCGCGGCCUCCGAUUACUCUUCCUCAACUGAGCACUGUCUCCCGGGAGAUGCUUUCCUUUUGAACUGCAAGGGGACGGUUGGGGGAGGGGAUUCGAAUGUGCCGCCGCUCUGUGGGCGUCAUCAAAUCAACGUGCAGAACGGUCGUGAAAGACAGCGGCAAGAGCCAAUCAGAGAGCCGGGUCCCUUCCGGCGCACGCAUUCGCACCGCCCCGGUCGCGACCGUUACUGGUGGCGCGCGCGCGCGUACUCCAAGUAGAUCAUGGAAGACACACAGGCUAUUAUCUUGGAGACCGAAGACGAGGAGGACACAGAGCAAUCCAACCACAUUGCAGGAGGUGGAUUGGAGCCCGUAGGGCGACUGCGCGUCUUCAGCAGUACUCACGGACCAGAGAAAGAUUUCCCACUGUACCUCGGGAAGAAUGUAGUGGGCCGAAUGCCUGACUGCUCUGUGGCCCUGCAGUCUCCAUCCAUCUCCAAACAACAUGCAGUGAUUGAAAUCUUGGCUCAGGGCAAGGCACCUCUCCUCCACGACUGUGGGAGCCUCAAUGGUACUCAGAUCCUAAGGCCGCCUAAGGUCCUGAAACCUGGGGUGAGUCAUUGUCUCAAGGACCGGCAGUUGAUUCUCUUUGCUGACUUGCUCUGUCAGUACCAUCGCCUGGAUAUCCCCCUACCCUGUGCUCCCCAGGGCCCUCUAACUAUAGAGGAGACCCCCAGGGUACAGGGAGAAGCUCAACCUCAGAGGCUUCAAUUGGCUGAGGAUUCAGAGGAAGAAUUAGAUUCAAAGAGGUGUAUGAUGCAAGACUCAAGGAUCGCAUCCCCCUCUUUGGCAACAGUAGUACCAGAGAGUGAUGAAGAAGGGCUUUCUCCUGCCCUGGGUGGGCCUGCGCCAUCUUUUGGCUUCAGAUUGGACAGUGACACAGAUGAGGAAGAAGGGCAGCACCCAGUAGCAGAGGAGGCUUCCUCAGCUGCCAGAAGAGACACGACCACAGGAGCCAAGCUGCCUGAAGCCAAUGGCAUCACAGCUUUCACACCUGCCAUGAAAGAGACACACAACGGCACAGAAGUCCAGGGGAAGGCAAGCAACAGGCUGGCUCCAGAUGGGGAGAUUUUGGAGAGGAACCAAGCUCCUGAGGACACAGAUGCAGAUAAUGACAGCAGGCUUCCUGGAAGGCCCACUGCGGGCCACUUGGAAAGGGUCCAACCUUCUGGCUUCAUGGACAGUGAUACUGAUGUGGAGGAAGAGCAAAUCCCUGCAACCCCAGCUGUAGUUCCUGUGAAAAAGAGGCAAAUCUUCCGUGGAGUUGGUCCACAGGGCUCUGGAGCACUCGGCCUGCAACAUGUGCAAGAAAGCCAGGCUAGAGGUGACACCGAUGUGGAGGAGGACAAGGCCCCACUCGCUGUCCCUCUGGUGAGAAGCCAUGCCCCCAUGGUAAUCAACAGCGACACAGAUGAUGAGGAAGAAAUCUCGGCAGCGCUUACUCUGGCGCGUCUGAAAGAGAGCCCAGCUGUUAUAUGGAACAGAGAUGGAGAUGUGGAAGCAGGCAGGGCCCCGCCUGAGGUCCCUCUGCAGCAAAACCAAACCACCUCUGGGAGAGACAGUGACACAGACGUGGAGGAAGAGGGGCUGCCAGCAGACCGAACUGUUCCCAAUGGUCAUGCAGACAAGGAUGGAGCCAUAGUUACGGCACAGUCAAAGAUGGGCCCACCUACUCCUAACGACGGUGAUACAGAUGUGGAAGCAGGCACGAGCUCACCUGGGAUCCACCUGAAGAGAAGCCAAGCAUCUGCCCCAGUGGCCAUCAACACAGAACUGGAGGAGGAAGUGUCCCCAGGGCUGGCUGCUGUACAUCUACAGAAGCAUCAGGUGCCUGUGUUGGGGACAGAUCAAACCGAGGUGGAAGCAGAGGGUGGCCCAGCAGAACUGCCUGUGUUGCCUCCAGAGGGAGUCCAGCCUUCUCUAGCUGGAGACUGUGAGACAGGCACAGAAGAGGGCACAUCCUUAGCAGCCUCAGUAGUGGCAGAUGUAAGAGAGGGCCAGCUUCCAGCAGAUGGGGAUGCAGGAAUAGACCACACUACAGCUGAGCAGGAGAGAGCUCUGCAGUUGGAGGCACAGGGUAGGUCACCUAUGGCACAGGUAGAGCAGGACCUUCUCCCUGUCUCCAGCAGCAAUGUCACAGACCUAGUGGUGGACACAGGUACUCCAGGGCGAACCACCCAGUCACAAAGAGAGGGAGCCCAGUCCCCUACAGGAAAGCAGAGAGAGCUAUACAUGGGCGGGACCGAGGACUUGGAAGAAGACUCCGAUGAUUUUGAAGAUGUGGCGCUUCAAGCUACCCAGUGCUUUGUGGACAGGGACAAUCAGAGCGUGGAAGACCAGAAUUUGGAGGAUGAACCCACCCAGGCCUUCCUGUUGAAUCCACCUCCAGAGCCCGCAUCUUCCUCUUGCAGCUUUCAGAGCUCAGGUACCAUGGAUGUGUCCUGGGAGCUCAUGGCUACACAGCCAUUCUGUUCCACAGCGUCUGACACCUCUGAGACCCAGCCCAUUGAGGCCAACGGAUUCUGCCCAUCUCCAUCUAGAGCAAUACCACAAGACCAGCGUGCAGAGAGCCUACUACACACAGAGCCACUGUGUCAAGGCAGAGCGAUGCAAACUAUGGAGAAAGACAUGGGUACACCAAAAGAAACAGCAGAUAGAGUGACUCUUGAGAGAAGGCCAUUUGAGAGGGAAACCAACAAGCUGCCACCAGAAGGAGAGAAGGCAGCUACAGUGGGAAGAGGACAGUUCACCAGGGACGGAGAACAGGCACUAGCAGGAGACACUGGGAACCAAGAGUCUGACAAGAGGGAGGAAAGUGCAAGUCCUGAAAGGGAACAGGAGAGUUUGGAGGUAGCAAUGGAGACGAGUACAGAAGUACCAGAGAAAGAAAUAGAGAAGCAGACCCCUGCGGGAGAAGUAUCUGAGAGAGAGGCAGAGAGGCCUAAGCCAGAGAAAGAGUGUGAGCCAGCUCGGUUAGAAGUGACCCUGAUAAGAGGCCCCCAGAGAGAAGAGACGGAAGGAGGGAGCCAGGACCAGAGAGAGCAGGCCUCCAGGCCAAGACCACAGCCUGGACUUGGGGCAGGGGAUCUUCAGGGAAUUGAUUCAGUCCCUGUAGCUUUUGAGAGCCAGUCAGGUGGAGGAAGGGGAGCCUCAGAGAGCCCCAGGAGGCAGCUGAGAGGCCACUUGAAUUGCAAGAUGUCACCUGAUGAGAAGACUUCCAGGGGUGAUCCGGAAUCCCCAGACGCUUGUCUGCCUGAAGCCUCAACCCCACCCCCAACCCCCCUUAUCUCUCAGAGCCAAAAACAUCCUGCACCUCAGCCCCUUCUUCCUCCCUCCCCACCUUCUGUUGAGCCACCCAUUCUUAGGACCGGGCAAAAUGGAAGUCAGGAAGCUCCAGAAAUUCCCUUGUCCUCAGAGCUGGAGUCUGAAGUUAGGCCCCAGAAGUCCUCUCCAGUUUCCUCUGCUAUCCUUGAGCCUCAUCCUCCCACCCCCACAGAGCAGUCUGUCACCCCCAAGCUCCCAUCUCGGGCCACUCGGGGCAGGACACAUAGGUCCUAUGAUAAGACCCCCAAACCAGUGGAAUCCACUGCCCCUGACCUGCAGCCAUCCACCUCCACAGAGAGGCCUGUCACCACCAAGCCCACAUCUCAGGCCACUCGGGGACGAACACGUAGGGCCUCUGCCAAGACCCCUGAACCAGUUGAGCCUCCUGUCUCCACAGAUCAGUCUGUCACCCCCAAGCCUUCAACCAGGGCCACUCGGGGCAGGACAUGUAGGGCCUCUGCCAAGACCCCUGAACCAGUUGAGCCUCCUGUCCCCACAGAGCAGCCUGUCACCCCCAAGCCUGCCUUCAGGGCCACUCGGGGCAGGACAUGUAGGGCCUCUGCCAAGACCCCUGAACCAGUUGGGCCUCCUGUCCCCACAGAGCAGCCUGUCACCCCCAAGCCUGCCUUCAGGGCCACUCGGGGCAGGACAUGUAGGGCCUCUGCCAAGACCCCUGAACCAAUUGGGCCUCCUGUCCCCACAGAGCAGCCUGUCACCCCCAAGCCUUCCACGGGGGCCACUCUGGGCAAGACACGUAGGUCCUCUGAACCAGUUGAACCCAUAGUACCUGAAAUCCUCCAGCUGUCCACCCCCACAGAGCAUCCUGUCACCCCCAGGCCCACACCUCAGGUCACUUGGGGCAGGACACGUAGGUCCUCUGCCACGUCCCCCGAACCAGUUGGACCCACUGCCCCUGAUCUUGAGCCUCCUCUCUCCGCAGAUCAGCCUGUCACCCCCAAGCCCACAUGCCGGGUCACUCGGGGUAGGGAACAUCAGUCCUCUGCCAGGACCCCUGAACCAGUUGAGCCUCCUGUCUCCACAGAGCAGCCUGUCACUCCCAAGCCUUCAACCAGGGCCACUCGGGGCAGGACAUGUAGGGCCUCUGCCAAGACCCCUGAACCAGUUGAGCCUCCUGUCCCCACAGAGCAGCCUGUCAUCCCCAAGCCUGCCUUCAGGGCCACUCGGGGCAGGACAUGUAGAGCCUCUGCCAAGACCCCUGAACCAGUUGAGCCUCCUGUCCCCACAGAGCAGCCUGUUACCCCCAAGCCUGCCUUCAGGGCCACUCGGGGCAGGACAUGUAGGGCCUCUGCCAAGACCCCUGAACCAAUUGGGCCUCCUGUCCCCACAGAGCAGCCUGUCACCCCCAAGCCUUCCACGGGGGCCACUCUGGGCAAGACACGUAGGUCCUCUGAACCAGUUGAACCCAUAGUACCUGAAAUCCUCCAGCUGUCCACCCCCACAGAGCAUCCUGUCACCCCCAGGCCCACACCUCAGGUCACUUGGGGCAGGACACGUAGGUCCUCUGCCACGUCCCCCGAACCAGUUGGACCCACUGCCCCUGAUCUUGAGCCUCCUCUCUCCGCAGAUCAGCCUGUCACCCCCAAGCCCACAUCCCGGGUCACUCGGGGUAGGAAACAUCAGUCCUCUGUCAAGACUCCUGAGCAAGUUGAACCCACAGUCCCUGAUCUUGAGCCUCUUACCCCCACAGAGCAGCCUGUCACUCCCAGGCCCACAUCUCGGGCCACUCGAGGCAGGACCCUUAGGUCCUCUAUCAAGACUCCUGAACCAGUUGAGCCCACGGCCGCUAAUCUUGAGCCUCCCACUACUGUAGAGCAGCCUGUCACCCCUAAGGCCAUAGCUCAGAGUGAUCAGAGUGGGACACUAAGGUCUUCUACAUUAAAUGCUGUGCCAGUUCCUGCCCCCUCUGAAUUCCAGUCCACUGUCAGCACAGAGCAGCCUACCCUGGCGCCCAUUCCUCAAGCCAGUAACAGCAGGGGACAGAGGGCUAGAAGGAAGCACAGCUCCCCCAUAGCUCCCAUUAUCUACAAACCUUGCUCCGCACUCCCUGAACCUAAAUCCCAAUUAUCAAGCAACCAAAGACAAGGAGCAGUGAGAGCAGCUGAAUCCCUUGGGACUAUUCCUGAGCCUGCCUUUCCCCAGCUUCUUGGGGUACCCACCCAUGCUCCCCAGAUCCAAAAGGUAGAAGCAGCAGGCAUAUCCGGGGUCAUCCAAGAGACUCCGAAGACCUCUCCAAGCCACAAGAGGUCUUCAGCACCCAUGGAUUCACCCCCACUUCAAAAACGGCCCCGAAGAGGAGAAGUGUCCCAGAAGACGGUAUUCCCCAAGGAAGAGGAAGAGGAUAUGGUGGUUCCAGUGCCAGGCAAGAGAAAGAGAGACCAGGCAGAGGAAAAGCCCAAGGGAAUUCCAAGCUGCAGUCGUCGCCGAACCAAACCUCACCAACAAUCAGCAGCCCCCAAAGUGCUUUUCACAGGAGUCCUGGAUGUUCGCGGGGAGCAGGCGGUGCUGGCACUGGGGGGGAGUCUAGCCAGCUCGGUGGCAGAGGCUUCCCACCUGGUCACUGAUCGAAUCUGCCGCACGGUCAAAUUUCUAUGUGCCCUGGGGCGGGGCAUCCCCAUCCUUUCCCUGGACUGGCUGUAUCAGUCUCGAAAGGCUGGUUGCUUCCUGCCCCCGGAUGAAUAUGUGGUGACUGAUCCUGAGCAAGAGAAGAAUUUUGGCUUCCGCCUUCGAGACGCCCUGAGCCGGGCCCGGGAGCGAAAGCUGCUGGAGGGCUACGAGAUUCAUGUGACCCCUGGAGUCCAGCCGCCACCACCUCAGAUGAGAGAGAUCAUCAGCUGCUGUGGAGGCACCAUCUUACCUAGCAUGCCCCGGUCCUACAAGGAUCCUUUUAUCACCUGUGACUUCCUGUUUUCCCCAGCCUCAGAGAGUUGUGAUCACGUGUCCCCAGGACUUCCCUCGCUGCUCCGGUCCACUUCGCCUUGGUGUGCCUCUCCUCUCAUCCGAGUUCCUGCUGACAGGAGUGCUGAAGCAGGAAGCCACACCAGAGGCCUUUGUCUUCUCCACUUUGGAAUUGCCAUCUACCUGAAAAUCCCAGCAUUCUUUUCAGUCCCAAACCAGUAAAGUAUUGUGGAAUAAAAGACUCAGGGCUUUAGAAAGGUUUGGGGUGUGCUGGUAGGACUUGUCCUGGAACUACAGUAGGACUAGAAAGAUUUAUGGAUAAACAGCAAGAUAGGGAGAUUCUUUGGGGACCACAGAUUUUCAAAAAUGGCUAUUAAUCUAUUAAUGUCAUGCUCAGCUAUCCUAACUCACUCACUAUUCAUCUCUAGCCAUACUGAUAUUAAUGUUCCAUGGCACACAGGUGUCCCAUCUCCCACUGGCAAGCCAUCUCAUCCUACUGGGAUUCUAUCCAUCCUCUAAAGACAGAGGGACAAUUUUGGUGUCAGGGACCUGAAGGGAUAUUUGGAGUGAGUAGAUUGGAGGGUGCAGUUACAGAACGCUGCUAAAAUAUUUUCCUCACUUCUGGCCUCACAUGGUUAGAAGGAACCUUUAACUUUGACUUUGAGCAAGUCUCUGCACUUUUCUGCCCUGGUUUUUCAGUAUUUAUAAAAUGACAGCUUAGGUUUGAUCUCUGUCACAAAUAAAUAUUCACUCUGUGCCUUAUGGUGUAGUGCAAUUUUUUUAAAUGUCUGGGUCUUUUAAAUAAAUAGUUACAAAUUUGUUUUAACAUCUACUUAGGGCAUAUUAUAUACUACUUUAAGUUUUUAAGUUGGUUGAUUUCAAAAAUGUGGAGAAAUUAGAACUCCUAUAUGUUGCUGGUGGGAGUGUAAAAUGGUUCAGUCUCCACAGUAAACCGUUUGAUGGUUUCUCAAGUCAGACAUAAAAUUACCAUAUGACCCAGCAAUUCUGCUCCUAGGUAUAUAUCCAGAACAAUCAAAAACAGACUUGAAACAAAUACUUAUAUGUGAAUGUUCAUAUUAUCACUUUUCACAAUAGCUAAGAGAUGGACAACACAGAUGCUCAUCAAAAGAUUAUUGGGUAAACAGUUUAAUAUAUCCAUACAAUAGAAUAUUAUUCAGCCAUUUUUAAAAAGAGAUGAAGUUUUGAAAUUGCUAUAGUAUUUUGAAUAUUUUGCUAAGUGAAAGAAGCCAGACACAUAAGGAAACAUUGUAAGAUUCCACUUUAUGGAAUAUCCAGAAUAGGUAAAACCAUAGACUAAGAAAAAAUGGGUGGUUCCCAGAGGCUGGGAAGAGAGAAAAAUGUGGAUUAACUGUAAUGGGUAUAGGGUUUUAUUUUGAGUUGAUGAAAAAGUUUUGGGACUAGAUACAAGUGAUGGUUAUAUACAUUGCAAAUGUACUAAAUGCCAGUCUUUAAAGUGAUUAAUUUUAUGUUGUAUAUAUCUGACUUCAAUAAAAAAAAGUGUUAAUUAGUUUUGUA